CCUGUAGACAUUUUGGGGAGAAACUUCUGACGUCGGCUACCCAUACUGGGGACAUGAUGACACCAAACUCAACUGGCAAAAUCUACAAUUGGACUUUUUUGGAACCUUUUUUGGUUUGUGACUGCAAAGGCUUCAAAUGCUGUCCUCAGCACCCCAAGAGCCUCCAGAGAUGCCGGCGGGAGCGACCUGUGCUGAGGAAUUUGCGGACUUUCCUUCUUCCCAGAGAAAGGCGUACGCUUGGCACCGAGCCCACGCGCCGCAAGGAUGCACGCGGAGACGCGGGAAGCGGAUCCCAUCCGCCGGGCCCGGCCGGCCUCCCUCCCCGCCCCGAGGCCGGGCGCUCCGGCAGUUCCGGCCCCGUGAUCCCAGAAGCCGCUCCGCACCCAUGGGACGCCGAGGGGGCAGCGGCGACAGCGGCAGCUCCCCGGAGCGGGAGACGGGCACCCGCAAAGGUCUAUUCUUAAAUGUCUGGUUGUGGCGAGGUGUUGCUGGAGUCCUUACUGCUGCUAUCAUUUUGAUUUUGUGUAUUCAGUUUGUAAACCGUUCUUCGGCCAAAGAUUUUCCUGCCUGUCCUUCCCUGGAACUCUGUCCAUCAGGUUGGCUGUAUUUCCAGAGGAAAUGCUACUACCUCUCGGAGAAGGAAGCCAACUGGAACUCCAGUCAGAGCUUCUGCUCUUCGUACAAUGCUUCCCUCCUGGUGAUUGAAAAUCAUCAGGAACUGAAUUUUAUGGUGAAGAUAACAAAGCAAGACCCAUGGAUUGGACUCUAUAAAAGAAAUGAAGAGUUCUUUUGGGUAAAUGGGAAAGCAUUAGACAAUAAAUUGAUUGAAGUAAAAGGCUCUGGAAACUGUGCCUAUCUUGAGUCAAAAGGAGUCUCAGCCUCUGGAUGUUAUUUAACCAGGAAGUGGGUCUGUAGCUUGAAUAUUAGCUUAGCACGAUAAAAGUGGAUGAAGCCACCACCCCUGACACUUAGCACUCUGAUAUGAUGUAAACACAGGCCAUGUCUAUGCUCUGGGACUUGGGAACGCAUCUCCUGCCUGGAGGUGAAUAACUUUUCUGGUAGCCAGAAUUCUCUGCCCAUGGAGGAAGCCUCUGUUUUUAAAGAUACCAUUUAAAAGACUUGCAGCAGCAUCCUGUUAAGUCAUUUCCUUGCCCCAUUUUUCUAGCUACUGCUCAGCCUGUGUAUUUCUUCCAUUAACUCUUCUCUUGUAAGAUCCUAAGCAGCUGUUCGUUCUUUUCCUUUUCGGUGUGCAGUUGGAGGUAUUUUUUCUGCUUCUCUCUUAGCCAAGCUCUGUGUGCAGGGAUGGGUUGGGAAGUGGGUCUGCCUGAAGGUCAGCAAGCGCCUCUCAGAUACAGGGCGAUGCAGAAAUGAGCGCUGUUGUUUUAGGCAGGAUCAUUGCAGAUUUCGCUCUCCCAGUUUCAUGGAAUGCGUUUUGUGUGACUGUGCAUUGUAUUCAAUGUUUUGUUAAUGCUAUUUUACAUUAAUUUUGUUAAAUUAGCUUGACAGUACUAUCAUUAGGAUUUAUGUAACUGCACCGCACCUGAAGGUCUCCUUUCCUCAACACGUAUCUUAGCAAAAAAAAGUCAGAAUAUGUAGAACGUUUAUUUACCUGAGCAUCUGCACUGAUGGGGAAAAAGUUUGAACUGAAAAAAUAAUAGUGAAGCUGUAGGCAUUAAUGUUGUAAAGUUAGAAAUAGUCCUCAGUGCAAAUAGGCAAAAUCAUGAGUAGAGAAUAAGAGUAUUGAUAGCAAAGGAUGCUUCUCCAUGGUUUCCUUGUGUCCUGUGCCUGUCAGAGCGUGAGGCUUCCAAGCAAGUGGUACAUUUCUGGAUGGACAAUCAGUGUUUUCUUCUGUGUGCAUAUCAUUGUCAGCAGCAACACCCAGUGCUGUUGAAUUGCUAUGAGCCUGAACAGAAUUGGGGCACAAUCCCGCUGAACUCUGUCCGCUCAUGUCUAGCAGGUAACCUGAAGAUUGAAAGUGCCAUUUGACCUAGAGGAAGCAAAGCAGCUUAUUUUCCUGGAAGGACUAUUCCUAUUGUGUUUCUAGAGAAGGAGGAAUGGGAAAUUCACGUGCAUAGCAGGGCAAAAUACUUCCCUGCUCCGAAUAAAAUCUGGAAAAUUGGUUUUCUUGUGAUCUGGGUGCUCUAGAAAGGACUAUGGACUCCGUGGGACUUCUUCACGGAGCAAGUGGAGCCGAUUUUGGAGUAGCCACUAGAGUGCACUGUAGCUUCAGGGAAGGGAAGAUAAUUGUGUCUUCUCAUUUUUUAAGACUGUAAAAUUCCACCGUGUUUGACAGAUUAUUUGAAGUGUUGUUGGUUCGUUGGGGUUUUUUGUCCUAUUUGUAAUUAUUUUUGCCUUCGCUGUGUUUUUAUGCAAAUUUAACUGCUGUCUAGUUUUGAUCAGUGUCUUGUUUAUGCCUUCAUUAUUUUCCGUGACAGUAAGACUUUAUGCUAACAGGACCAUGGAGUAUGGAUAUUGUUAACACCUUGUGACUUAAAGAUAUUUAUUUAUAUAUGAUCACUAAUUUUUCUGAAAUUUUUUUAAUUGCUUGCAUUCUUUAUAGGCACAGUAACAGGACUCUACAGUAUGAAUAGCCUAAUAAUCUAUGUGUUAAUUUAUAUGUAAUUAUUUGGAAGGGUAUUCUGCAAUGUUUUUAAAUUAACUAGCUCUGAAGGAUAUGGUAUGUGCAAUAGUCCUGAAAAGAUACUCAAUAAAUAUCUUUACAGAGCCUCUGAA